AUGUCGGACCUGAAAGAUUUCGAAGUCAGCAGUUUAACCAGCAGUGCGUUUGUUCGCCCUUUGCGACUCAAGUUCCUUCAAAAUGGUCAGAAUAAAGCCUGGGAUCUAGUCAAAGUUCACGAAAGUGUCGGCAUCGUGGUGUUCAACGUGACGCGGAGGAAAUUAUUGUUCGUGCGUCAGUUCCGUCCGGCGGUGUAUUUCAACGGAAUUCCGUCGGACGAACGCGAAACACUUGUCACACCCGGUUCGAAGAUCGAUACCGAGAAGAAUCCUACUGAUGCUGGGUACACGUUGGAAAUCUGCGCAGGAAUUGUGGAUAAAUCGUGUUCACUAGAAGAAAUUGCUGCUACUGAGGUUGAAGAAGAACUUGGGUACAAAGUGGAUCCAGCCUCCAUGUUUCGGAUCAUCACGAUGCUCAGCGGUGUUGGUGUGAUGGGUGAAAAGCAAACGCAUUUCUACGUGGAAGUUACUGACGAAAUGCGGAUCGGACCCGGUGGAGGCAACAAAUCCGAAGGAGAGUCCAUUGAAGUAGUUGAACUGUCGAUUGAUGAAGCACGAAAAUACAUUGAGGGUCCGAAAGUUUCUUCUCCUCCCGAACUCCUGUUUGGUGUUAUGUGGUACGAAGUGGAUCCAGCCUCCAUGUUUCAGAUCAUCACGAUGCUCAGCGGUGUUGGUGUGAUGGGUGAAAAGCAAACGCAUUUCUACGUGGAAGUUACUGACGAAAUGCGGAUCGGACCCGGUGGAGGCAACAAAUCCGAAGGAGAGUCCAUUGAAGUAGUUGAACUGUCGAUUGAUGAAGCACGAAAAUACAUUGAGGGUCCGAAAGUUUCUUCUCCUCCCGAACUCCUGUUUGGUGUUAUGUGGUUUCUUAAAAACAAGGCUCCGCAAAUGGAAAACUGACCGUAAUUGUGUUUUUCUGAUGCCUUAUUAUUGCUGAUUUUUCUUCACAAAUUUUGUCUGAUUUCUUGGCAAUGCGAUUUUUUUUCCAUUUGAAGUAGCUUUUCUUUCGCUGUGCCGUCGGUGGAAUUUUAAGAGAUUUCAAGAGAUUGGUGAAGGCAAACAAAACUUACCAGAAAUUCCUCAUCGGUUCGGUGCUUUUGGAAAUUUUCCUUGGCGUACAAAAUCACGCAAAUUGGGCAACUUUUAGGCGAAUAUUUUCGCCAUAAUUUUGUGUCUUACGGCGUUUUUUGUGUCACGUGUGAAAAAUGAGAGUGCUUUUUGCGGAAAAUUUUCUGUCGUUUUAAAUCGAACGACAUAAAAAAAUUGAAGACUCGUCAAUUGACGCCUGUGUUAUGCACCUUGUGAUACUAUUCGCGAUGAGUUUUUUUUUCGUGCGUUUUCAGAGUACCGGAUGCAAUUUUGCAAGUGAAUAUGUGCACGUUGUUCGAAUAAUUUCAAAAUUACGUGUUCGAAAUUAUCAUUUUAUUGGACU